AUGCCUGGCCGCCUCCUGGCCUCUGGCCAUGAAGGAGAACGCAGAGGAGGAUGUGGGCUGGGAAGCAGAGCGGCAGCAGGGGCCAGCGGUUGGCUUGUGCACAUGCUGAAUUUGAGAGGCCUGUGGGGGCGCUCAGGAGCCAGCCGAGUCUUGCGCUUGGGUGUGAGGAGAGAGGAAGUAAUAAACGUGUCACCUGGCUACCGCUUCGUUCGGAAUAGGGAGCAGAUUUGCGUCACCUUGGGAGAUGAGAUGUCUGCUAGGAAAAAGCAUUCAGAAUCAGAGAACAUGGACAAAGUCAGGACUUCCAGGACUGCUAUCAUCACUGACCUCGAAGAACAGAUCUCAGAGCUGACAGCGAUAAUAGAGCAAAUGAACCGAGCCCAUCGUUCUGCCCCCAAAACGCUCGCCAAUGAAAUGGAUCUCUGCUGUGCUGAGAUGCAGAAGAACUUUGAAAGCGAGAGGAGGGAGCUCGAGGAGACUCACGCAGCACAGCUCAGUGAGCUGGAGAAAAACUACAAAGCAGCCUUGAAGGCAGAGAGGUUGGCUGCCCAGGAUAAACUAGAGGAGAUGGGAAAAGAAUAUAAGUAUUUGAAGAAUAUGUUUCAUAUAUAUCAGGACAGCAUUUAUGAUGAAAUGGAGGACAAGUGGUCAAAGAAGGCAGAAUGGGGGAAGGAUGAGAAGUUGGAGUGGGAAAAGAUCCUGUUACAGCAAAAACAUAAGAUAACCAAAAAAUUUGAGUUAGAUUCAGAAGAAGAGAAGAGGAAAAUACAUGACUCCUACAGUGCUAUCUUUGAGAACUUCAAUUGGGAGAAGGAGGAGCUCUUAAAACAACACGAAAGGGACACCUUGCAAUUAAAGGAGCUGAGAAAGACCAAAGAGGUCAUAGAGGAAGAGUUGCAUGCUCAAGCUCUUAUCCUAGAAUCACUUAACACAACCCUCUACCAAACCCAGAUGGAACUCCAGAGAGAGAAAGCUAUGGUGGCAAAUCUGGAGAAAACACUCCAGACCAAGCCUGCUGAAGCUGAAGAAAAUUUUAAAUAUACCAUACAGCACCUGACAGAAGAAAACAUUCAUCUAAGGUAUGAAUGA